GCCCACCUCCCUCCCCUCCCCCCUCUCUCCCUCCCCACCUCCCCUCCCCUCCCCUCCCUUCACGAAUUAAAAAAAUUAGGGUUUGUAUUCCUUCCCAGUUUGGGCCCUCGAUUUCUUGCUCUUCGUUUCCUUCGCCCUCCAUUCGACUGCGGGGCUCCCUCGCUUCCUGGUUGCUUUUUUCUACGGACACCUCCGCAGUCUCUCUCUCUUUCCCCCUCUUUCUUUCCUUUCUUUCUAUUUUUGGUGGUUUCUCUCUUCGCAUGCAGAUACCUCGAUUCUGGGGACAUCGGCGGCGUUCUUUUCUUAGGAAAUGAGCAAAAAAUCCCCGCUUUUCUUGACUGCAGUGUCGAAUACUUGGGGCCUCUGGCGAUGCCUUUGUAGUGAGGGUUGAAGAUUUUGACAUUUUGUCGCCCAAUUUGCUGGAGAAAUUAAGCUCCUAUUUAAUGUGGUGUUCAAAUACUUACUGUUGACAGAGGCCAUUUUGGGGCAAGAGGUGGGCUCUAAAGUGGGGCAACAGCACUCCUUUGGUGUCUGUAAGUCGUAGCUAAAACGGGGUCUCUUUGUUGCGUGGCCGCAAGGCCACACGGAUCUAGUACGGUGAGUAGGGAGUGGUCUGUGGGCCGGAAUGAGCCCUUCUGGCGGACAAACUCGAGCUUCUCGCCGCCCCUGUCUAGGAGAUGGGACUAUUGGUUUCACUCCGAAGGAUUGUCAUAUGGGUCUCAAGGAGGUAGUGGAGCUGCUGUGUAUUAUGGGUCAUCUCUCUCUUCAAACAGUAAAGGAAGCCGGAGCUGGGAGAGGGGUGAGACUCUUCCUGAUCACCACUAUUCUACUUCUGAUGGUGCCAUUUCAUAUUUAAGCAGCCCUUCUGAUAGCUUUCAAAACCAGCAGUUGACACCCCCACAUCUGCAAGGGGUCAAUAUUGAAGAAUAUAUUAGAGAACCAGCACUCGAACAUCUGGCAUUCUCACGGCUUGUAGUGGGAACUUCAGGACUGCCAUAUAGUGCUGGUUCUACUUCCUCUCGUUCAGUUGGCAGUGAAUAUGAGUCUUCAUCUAGAAGUCAUGCUUCUGCGCACCGCAACUUCUCAAGCUGCCGUUCUUUCAUGUCAAAGCCCAUUCACCCUCUCUCUUUCCCAGACAAUACACUUAGUUGUGAAGAAGGUCAUGAUUCAGCUUCUACCACACACUCCAACAACAGUCAUCAUUCUGAUCUUAGGUCCAUACGGGCACUUCCAGAGCUUCAGUCUUCUGGUUUCUUCGAAAAUGUGUGCAACCCUCAAAAAGAAUCAGUGCAAUGGAGUAGUGCUGGCAGCUUGGACUUUGCUGAUGUUUCUGAACCAAUGGAACCUGAUACUUUGGGUCCUUCAUGCAACAAUACAUAUGAAGGUGCCAAAUGUGGACUCUGUGAGAAGUUACUGUCACAGAGGUCACCAUGGGGUUCCUGCCGUAUUGUUCGUAGUGGAGAUAUGCCAAUAGCUGGUGUUCUGUCAUGUUGGCAUGUCUAUCAUGCUGAAUGCCUAGAGCGUGCCACCCCUAAGAUGCAGAAACAUGAUCCACCUUGUCCGCUAUGUGAGAAGUCAGAGGAGAACGCUUCAGAGCAGUGGGUACUCUGCAGGUUAAAAAAUGGACUCCCAAGGUUAAUGUCCCUUGGGGAGGAAGGACCUUCUUCAAGAGCUUGGAGCUGUGUGAAGGCAGGAGAUUGUGUAGAAGGGGCUCUACAUGCACCAAAACGGGGUAGCAUGAUGUUAUUGAGCCGUAGCCGCCUCAAACGGAAUCUGUCAUUGAAGGGAAAUUUGGGCAAUGAGCGGGCUGAAAACUCAAAGAAGGGUGUGUUCUGUACGCCACAGAUGCUUCAUGGACAUGGAUUUGGGGAUCAAGGUGCAGUUGGGUGCUCGACAAUGGCAUCUGGUCCAGCAUUAAAAAGGUGAUGAGGCCUCUCCAGGCAAGAACUCAAAUGUGAUUUUACUAGAGUCCCAAUGUAAUGUUGGUUCUGGUUGUUUUCCUACUGGCAGCUGGUAGUUGAUGAAAUGGUGUUGUACGAGGUAAAUUAUUGUUGUCAUGGUGGAUGGUGUCAAUUAGGGAAUCCAUGCUUGCUUCCACACUGAAUUUGUUGCUAAUGCUGUGAAACUUGCAAUCCAUUUCUUGAGACUGUUCCCACGAGUAUGUGGUCUGCUUACAAGGAUUUAUACAUGCAUUUAUGUCUUUUAAUUUCAGA